CUGUUUUCCACCCGUCACAAAUCUUCCUCUCACUCUUUCUUUCCGCUGAUGAGGGAGUCGGCCGGUACCCACCACCGCGGAGUCUGACUGGGAGAGAUGCGCCAGUUACUGCCCGUCACUUCGGAGUAUUGAGGACGGCGGCGAACCGGAGGAGAGCGCCGGAUGGGAUAGCAGCCGUGAAACCCACAUCACUCACCGCGGAUUGAACAAGUCUCCCCUCCCUCACUCCCCCCUCCCUCCCUCUCUCUCUCUCUCUCCCUCUCUUUCUUCCUCCCUCUCCUCUCCCCCUAGUCUGCAGCUUCCAAGAACAGCCGCCGCAUCAUUUUUUCAGAGCGGCAGCAGCAGCAGCAGCCCUCCCUCCUCCCUCCCGUGCCUCCGUCCUCUCUCCUCUCUCCGUCUCUCCCCUCUGCUGCUUGCACCACUGUGGGAAUGCAGCGGAGGUAAACGAGUCGCGGAGGCGCCCUCACCCGCACCCUCCCCGCCGCCGUCGGACCUGUCACCGCGGUGACGCUCCGCAGACUGACGGCUGCCGGAGACGCGCGUCUGUCACUCCGGGGGAAUCACCGUGGUCAGCGCCAGGACUGGACCCGGAUCAGUUGGAUUUAGCCCCGCUACCCAGGACACCAACACCAGCCCGUCUCACUGGCAGAUCACGUCAGAUCCCGUCUGUCCCGCCUCGCUUCAGUUUCACUGGCUGUCGCCGUCUUUAUUCCUGCCGGAUUAACGACAGCUGGAGCGAUCAGAAGGGUGGCCCGGCACGGAGAGCUGAGGGCUACCAGAGGCAAACUUGAAGCAGACGACGAGACGGGAGCGCCGUGACAUAUGCAUAAAAGGUACCAACAACUCCGAUGGAGCCAGAAUCAAUAGAGGAACGGAGGAACCGGCGGUGGUCUUUAUUUUAAAAACACCAGGCGGCCGAAAAUGAAGCAGCUGAGAGUGGAAUAGGGUCCUGCCAUCGCCUGGGCAUCGCGCACGCACACACGCACGUGGAUUUACAGCUCCAGUCUGAAGCGCACCUCGCAGCGGAUCGAUAUCCUUCUCCGUUAUUUGCGUCUGCUUUUUUUUUUAACAAGGGAGUGAAGCAUCUUGGGAUUUAUCAUCGCUUCGUUAGAGCCGAAUAACAGCGAGGCGCCCCCCCCCCUCCUCCUCCUCGCCCCGCUAUCACCUGUCCACAACCCGCCUGCUCCUGGAAGUGUGUAUAUUAUACCGCAUAUUUGUAUGUUGGUGUGUGUCUGCGCGUGAGUGUGUUUGUUUUUUCGUCCACCAGAGGGAGUGUAGGUUAUGUUUCUCCUGUAUGCAUAUGAGCGCUGUGCCAGCUUUUAAUGAGUUGGACGUGACUGUGAGUGAUGGUGUCUGCUGAUGCCUGUGCAGCAGCUCGUGUUCGGUGCUUGUGCAUGUAGUUAAAUAGGCGCGGCGUUGUGCGGGCGCUCACUAAGGAUGCCCGGCGUCUCCUCUGCAUCGCGUCCCCUUCCCAGUGCAUGCCCUUGCAUCAUUCGGCCACCUGUUUGACCUCCCGACGCCCCGAGAGACGACUAAACCCCGGCAGGAUGAGCGAGCGCUCCGGUGCAAGCACUUUAGCAGCCAUGACGCUGGAGGAGCCCGGGGCUGAACAGGCAUCUCCCCGGGCCCCCGGCCCCCUCCGCUGUGGCCCCUGUGCUGUAUGGCCUCGCCAGCAGACCUGGCUGUGUGCUGUGCCCUUGGUAAUGGGCUUUGUGGGACUGGGACUCAGUCUCAUGCUGCUGAAAUGGAUUGUGGUCGGAUCUGUCCAAGACUAUGUCCCCACCGAUCUGGUGGAUCCUAAAGGUAGCAUUGGACAGGACCCAAUAUUCCUCUCUAAGCCCAGUGCCAUGCCCAAAGGGCCCGACAUUUCCACUUCUUCUACUUCAGCUGCCUCUACUACAGCAUUGGUGUCAACAACCACUCCGCUAGCUGCAGAUGGUACUGCCCCAGCACCAAGAACUCGAUCUGGGCCGCCGGCGAACCACUCGGCCAAUGGCAGCGCCGCCAACGGCGAUGGCAACCGCGCGCCACACCUCCACAACCGCGUCAGCACUCGCAUCAGCGGGACCGUGGUCACUGCCUCCACCACUCGCUCCACCAGACUCACCCCACCACCCGGCGGCAAGGAGGUCACCCCUCGCAGCACUGUUCGCAAGGACAGCAGGGCCGGCGACGGACGUAACGGAGCCGCCAACUCCAAGCCGGGACAGACCUCCGCCCCCAUUAGCACCACAGCGUCCACCACGAGUACGGCAACGAUGAAGAUCACUGCCAAGGUGCAGCCGACCACCUCCCAGCCGGCAGCUCCGGUCAAACCCACGUCGCGCUGGAAUCAUGGGCGCCCGGGCAAGGGCCCGGCCACACGCCCACAUCACCGCCUACGAACGCCAGUGGCGCCGACGCUUCCCAGCCUCCGCUCCGAGGUCUUCAAGCCGUGCGUGGAAGACAAGGACCUGGCCUUCUGUCUGAACGAGGGCGAGUGCUCCAUCAUCGAGACCGUGGCCGGGGUUCACAGGCACUGCAGGUGUAAGGAGGGCUACCACGGUCUGCGCUGCGACCAGUUCGUGCCCAAGACGGAUGCUAUCUUGUCGGAUCCAACGGACGAACUUGGGAUCGAGUUCAUGGAGAGCGGCGACACCUACCAGAGGCAGGUGCUGUCCAUCUUCAGCAUCGCCUCGGGGAUCUGUCUUCUCGGAGUGGCAUGCAUGGCUCUCUACCGCCGCAACAAGAGGCACAGGGAAAAACUCCAGGCUCAUUUCUCUGAUAGCCGCAGCCUGAGGGACUGCAGUGUCAACGCCUCUGGCCUCAUGUCUAAAUCUCCCCCCAGGCUUCAGUACGGCAUCCAACUCCAAAAGAGCGGCUCUUCUCCUCACGGAUCGAUUGCUAAGGGCGGAAGCGCGUCGGCAGCCGCCGCCCCUCCCGUUCUCAGCAGAGCGCUGUCAAGAGGAAAACGCUGCAGGAGCAGCUCCCUUUCGCUCAGUCCUGCCCAACAACGCAGACAUGCUAAUUACUUCAGGACCCCACCCACAGCCAGAGGGAAGCACAAAAUACCAGCCAGUCUUCUAGACGGACCCAGAGCGGCUGGACACGUGUACAAACACCUGCAGGAGGACGAGUCAGCAGACGUGGAGUCCAUAAAAAGGUGUGAUUCCGCCGGCGGAAGGGUCGGCGCCCUCCUCAGCAGGGGGUCGCUCGCUCACUUCGCAGCCAGAAAAGGCUGGACCGAGGUCUCCUGCACGCGCCUGGACAAGGGCCCCGACGUCCCCCCCUGUUCCCUGCACACCCGCUCCGUUCCCAUCAUCCCCUCGCUCCAGGCGUGCGACCCGGAGGCCGGGCGCGUGGGCGCCAGCGACCAGCACCGGGGGAGGCUCCUCAAGUGUCGCGCGGCGCUGGCUGGCAAGGCGGGAAUGCCCGUCAGCGAUUCUGCCUCUGUUCCCUGUGAGACGGCGGCGCCCGGUGCCGAGCCCGGCAUGGCUCCGCCUCCCAGCACCUCACCGUCGCCUUGCUCCAUUGAAACCACGGUGGAACUCGUGCAGGAGUUGAAUCAGAACGGCCUUCCCGGCGCCGGGAAAGCCCGCGGGCCUCGGGGCGAGGUCCGGGAGUCGGAGGGGGUCCCGCACGCGGGCGGCGGCGCCAGAGGUGCGGAGGCAGCAGGCCAAAGAGAAGCCCAGGGACAGUGCCGAGGUCGGACGGCCCUCGGGUACGUGGGCACGAAGCGCUCCGCGGCCACCAAAGAACCCAGCUGCAGAGGAGCUGCCAGCGCUCACGCCACGCCGACUGCAAGCUGAUUGGAUUAACUCUGCAAAGCUUCAAAGACACUGUCUCCACUAACUGUAUACCUUUGCCGGUGGCACCGAGCGGUUCACAGCCGGGACCAUCUGCGCGGCCACAUGGACCAAUAACAGAUUGCCGGCGGAUUUUGACAGAUCACGAACAGGUUGAACUGCAGAGGGGGAGGGGGGGAAAUAUUGACAAAACAAAAGACAUGGAACUAUGAGGCAAAACAAACACACAUCGUGAAUAAAUGUGACUCAAUAAGGAAAAACAAGACUGUGACUCGAGUGGGAGCUUGACUUUAAACGGUGUACGGAAAAAAAUGACACUAUUUAAAUGGAGCUUCUACUUAGAAACCAAAAUAGUGUGUCAUAUCUAUGUUGUUUCUCUAUUGUAAAGAAAUGAAAUUAUAUAUGUCAUAUAAUAUAUGUCAUAUAGACGUAUAUAUAUUUGACAUACAAUUGUGACAAAAUAAAGACUACGAUAACAGUGUUGUCACCUGGA